AUGGCUUCUUCAUCGAAACCCAAAAGGAAAUACGACGUCUUCUUGAGUUUCAGAGGCGUGGAUCUGCGCAACAACUUUGUCAGUCAUCUCUACAAAGUUUUAGAUCAAAAUGGAAUAUACACUUUUAUUGAUAGAGAGGAACUGAGGAAGGGAGAUCAAAUAUCGCCGGUGCUUAUGGAGGCCAUCGAAGAAUCGUGCAUCGCAAUUAUUGUUUUCUCGGAAGAUUACGCUUCCUCUCGAUGGUGCUUAGAAGAGUUGGCGAAGAUUAUGGAGUGUAAGGAGCAAAAGGACCUCACCGUUCUACCACUUUUUUAUAAAGUGGAUCCAAGAGAAGUGAGAGGGGGGAGAGAGAGUUACGGGAGAGCUCUGGCUAAGCAUGAGUCCAAGUUCAGGAAGGAUUCGGAGAAAGUGAAGAGAUGGAAGAAAGCUCUUUUUGACGCCGGUAACUUGUCCGGGUGGCAUUUAAAUGAUGGAGAUGAGCCAGAGCUCAUACAAGGAAUUGUGAAGGAGAUCUCUACUCACCUAGACCGAACACCUUUGCAUGUUGCUAAGCAUCCGGUUGGGAUAGAUUCCCAAGUGGUUAAGCUGAAAUCAAUGUUAAACCUCAAGUCUGAUGAUGGUGUUCUCAUGGUGGGAAUAUGGGGACAGGGAGGCAUAGGGAAGACAGCUUUGGGAGAUUGUGCAGUAAAAGCCAUAGUGUUGGAGCUACCCAAGCUGAAAGAGAUGUACAUCGGCCCUAAUGAUUUUACAAAAAUGAGAGGGCUGAGAUUGCUCAUCAUGCGCAAUGUGCAUAAUUCUUUCCAUGGUCCUAUAUGUCUUCCUAAUGCACUAAGAUGGUUUCAAUGGGUUGGAUGUGCUCCUGGAAUUCCAGAAUUUUCCUCUGGUCCAAAGAAAUUAGUGGGACUUGAUAUGCGCAAAUGCAAUAAUAUCCCAGUACAGCCAAAUCAAUAUAAGGACUUCCAAAAUUUGAAGUACAUUAAUUUCAGUCACUGCAAGUCGCUGGUUCGCAUGCCUGACCUCUCAUGUAUUCCAAAUCUCGAGGAAUUGGAUCUCCGUAAUUGCAAAAACUUGGUAGAAGCCCACGAGUCCAUUGCAUAUCAUGACAAGUUACAAGUGUUGAAUUUAAGGGAAUGCUCUAAACUUAGUGUUUUUCCAAAUGUGCUCAAGUCCAAAAAUCUGCAAGCUCUCGAUCUUUGUGAUUGCAAAAAAUUUGAAAGGUUUCCUGAUAUUCCUAAUAAACUCGAAGCCUUGAAAGAGCUUCGUUUACGAGGGACCGCUAUUAAAGAACUUCCUGCAUCAAUAGAGAAUCUUGUCUCUUUGGAGACAAUGUAUUUAAAUUUUUGCAAGAACCUAGUAAGUCUUCCCUCUAGCAUUUAUAAGUUACAAAACCUUAAAAGCUUGCUAGUUGAGCAUUGCACAAAUUUUAUCGGGUUUCCAAAGUACGAUGAUUCAGCUGAUUCGUCCAUGAAGACCAUACUUUCAAAUUUACGCAGGUUGGACCUUUAUGGAUGUAAUCUGUCCGAAAUAGAAUUUUUUGAGAAUCUUUCCUUUUUUCCCUUCUUGAGAGAAUUGAGUUUGGGGAAGAACAAUAUUACUAGCAUUCCUACAUCCAUCAAUAAGCGUAAGCGUAUGUCCCGUUUGAAUGUUAGAAAACGCCAUCAAUUACAAGAGAUGCCCGAGCUUCCACCAUUUUUGAAUUAUCUUCUGGCGGAUGGUUGUGAAUCUGUGCAAGAAACUGGAGAUUUAACUUUAGUUCAUGAAUUUGUCCACAGAGGGUUGACCAAGGCUAAUAUUUCCCCACUUAACCAGGAUCUUCAUUACACAGUUUGUCUGUCUGAAAAAGAGAUGCCAAAGUGGAUCCUCCCUAUUGAAGAGGAUUCCGUAUCUUUCAUGGCUUCAGAGGACCUCUACGACAAAUUUCUUGGAUUUGCUCUCUAUGUCGCUCUCGGUAAUGAUGAACAAAGAAAUGGACCCCCUUUUGAGCUUGUACCACGUGUUGAUGGUGAACGUCGGAAUGACUAUGUACCAUAUUGGAAACCCUUUGAGUUGAAUUCAGAUUAUACAUGGCUUGAGUAUUUCAUGCCAUUUGAGCUGUGGGGAGUAGUCAAUUUUGGUCAAAUUGAUGGGAGAUACACACAAUUUAGCCUUAUGGUAUCAAGUAGGCACUUGAAAAAGUGGGGAUUCCGAAUAAUAUGCAAGCAACUAGAGGACAAUUUAAAGGUUGAGAUUCAAGACAAUCAGCUAAUCAAUCCAGUAUUCCUCUACGAGGUUGGUCAUGACUCAACUGGUUCAGAAGUCAAGAGUUCACUUAUGCACCAAAUGUCUAAGGAUUUUACAAUUGCACUUAACCUGGGUGGAGUUAUAGAGUUUGGAAACAUCACAAAGUACACAGGCCGCCAUGUAGAAUAUCUCCAUCGUUGUAAGUCAAUGAUUUCUGGUGAUGAUCAAGUGCUAGAAUUGGUGGGUCUAGGAUUGACUUUUGGUGUUAUUGAAGUAUAUAUUGAAGGAGCAGCUCUUGGUGAUGGUAAUGGUUCUUCUACCAGUGGCGAUAAUAGCGAUAGGGAUAGUGAAUCAGAACAAGAUCCUGGUACAUUAUCUUUAAGUGACGAUGACUUCAUUCUCGAUGGUGGUAAUGAGGAUUUCUUUCUUGCAAGGCAAAUAAGAAGAGAGGCUGAUGAUGAUGCAGCAGCAGCUGCUGCUACUAUCAUUGAUAUAGUUCCCGUUAACAUUCUUGAAAAUGAGGAGGAAGGUGAAAAUGAUGGAGACAUUGAUCUAGAAGAACGGGAUGAAAAUUUGAGCCCUCCUAACUCUGAUGGAGAUGAAGAAAAAUACAGUUUAAAGUAG